CGGCAGGAGCGGCGGCGUGAGAGGGGCUGCGCGGAGGGGCGCGGGGAGCGGCGGCUGCCGAGCCGGAGCAACAUGGCGCCGGUCGGCGGGGGCGGGCGCCCGGGCGGCGGGCCGGCCCGAGGGCGCCUCCUCCUGGUGGCGCCGGUGCUGCUGGUGCUGCUGUGGGCGCGGGGGGCCCGCGGCCAGGGCGACCCCCAGCGGAGCGCGAUCCUGGGCAUGAGGCUGGCGAGCUGCAACAAAUCGUGUGGGAUAAACUCGGAUGGCAUCAUCUUCGUGUCCGAGGGCAGCACGGUGAACCUGAGGCUGUACGGCCAGAGGCUGGGCUCCUUCUCCAACAACCUGAUCUCCUUCACCGAGGUGGACAACGCCGAGACCAUCCACAACUCCACCAGCUGCCCCGAGCUCACCAAGGACCUGGUCGUCCAGAAGCUGGUCAACGUGAGCCGCGGGGACACGUCCGGGAUGCUGGUGGUGCUCACCAAGUUCCUCCGGAGGAGCGAGAACAUGAAGCUGUAUGCGCUGUGCACCCGGGCCGGCGUGGACGGACCCUGGCAGAAGUGGACGGACAAGGACUCGCUGCUCUUCAUGGUGGAGGAGGGUGGGAGGUUCCUGCCCCUGUGGCUGCACAUCCUCCUCAUUUUGGUGCUGUUAGUGCUGUCGGGCAUAUUUUCUGGCCUCAAUCUGGGGCUUAUGGCCCUGGACCCCAUGGAGUUGCGCAUCGUGCAAAACUGUGGCACUCAGAAGGAGAGGCGCUAUGCCCGCAAGAUCGAGCCCAUCCGACGCAAGGGCAACUACUUGCUCUGCUCCCUGCUCCUGGGAAACGUGCUGGUCAACACCUCCCUCACCAUCCUUGUAGAUAACCUCAUCGGCUCUGGGCUGGUGGCCGUGGCCUUCUCCACCAUUGGCAUUGUCAUCUUUGGGGAGAUUGUGCCUCAGGCCCUGUGCUCCCGACAUGGGCUGGCUGUGGGCGCCAACACUAUCAUUCUCACCAAAUUCUUUAUGCUACUCACCUUCCCCCUCAGUUUCCCCAUCAGCAAGCUCCUGGACUUUUUCCUGGGUCAGGAGAUCCGCACCGUUUACAAUCGGGAGAAGCUGAUGGAGAUGUUGAAGGUGACGGAGCCCUAUAAUGACCUCGUGAAAGAGGAGCUGAACAUGAUCCAGGGUGCCCUGGAACUCCGGACCAAAACUGUGGAGGAUAUCAUGACCCAGCUCCAGGACUGCUUCAUGAUCCGGAGCGAUGCCAUCCUGGACUUCAACACCAUGUCGGAGAUUAUGGAAAGCGGCUACACGCGCAUCCCCGUGUAUGAAGAUGAGCAGUCCAACAUCGUAGAUAUUCUCUACGUCAAAGACUUGGCCUUCGUGGACCCCGAUGACUGCACCCCCCUCAAGACCAUCACCCGCUUCUACAACCACCCGGUGCACUUCGUCUUCCACGAUACCAAGCUGGAUGCCAUGCUGGAGGAGUUCAAGAAGGGGAAGUCCCACCUGGCCAUCGUGCAGAAGGUGAACAACGAGGGCGAAGGUGACCCCUUCUACGAGGUGCUGGGCCUGGUCACCCUGGAGGACGUCAUCGAGGAGAUCAUCAAGUCCGAGAUCCUGGACGAGUCUGAUAUGUACACUGACAACCGAAGCCGGAAACGGGUAUCUGAGAAGAACAAGCGUGACUUCUCAGCCUUCAAGGAUGCUGACAAUGAACUCAAGGUGAAAAUUUCACCUCAGCUGCUUCUGGCUGCUCACCGCUUCCUGUCCACGGAGGUUCCCCAGUUCAGCCCCGCUCUGAUAUCAGAGAAGAUCCUGCUGCGGCUGCUCAAGUACCCGGACGUCAUUCAGGAGCUCAAGUUCGAUGAACACAACAAGUACUACGUCCGCCAUUACCUGUACACCCGCAACAAGCCGGCUGACUACUUUAUCCUCAUCCUGCAGGGGAAGGUAGAGGUGGAGGCCGGGAAGGAGAACAUGAAGUUUGAGACGGGCGCCUUCUCCUACUACGGGACCAUGGCCCUGUCCUCGUUCCCCUCUGUGCCUUCCACCCUGGUCAGGCGUCCGCCUGGCAAGCGGAACUCCCUGCUCUCCUGGCUCCCAGACCGCUCCCCAUCCCACCCCGCACCCCUCAGCCGCUCGGCCUCCCUCAGCUACCCGGACCGCUCAGAAACGGCGUCGAGCACAGCCCCCUUGGCGGGCAGCAGCCACCAGUUCGGCAGCUCCAUCCUGGGCCAGUACACCUCCGACUUCAGCGUCCGGGCGCUCAUGGACCUCCAGUACAUUAAGAUCACCCGGCAACAGUACCAGAAUGGGCUGCUGGCCUCACGCAUGGAGAACUGCCCCCAGUUCCCCCCGGAUGGGUGCACCGUCUGUACCGAGAACUUGACCGACAAGUCCGAGCUGCCCCUGGUGGACGAGACCACGACUCUCCUGAACCAGCGCAACUCCUUGCUGCACAGAGCCUCCCUCGAGGGCGCCAUCUGACGGGAGGGCCCGGGGUCCCCCGCCAGCCCCGCGGGGGCCUCCCCAGUGGGCCCACACGAAGACAGGGAGCCUGUUAGGCCGGAAGGGGUACAGAUAGCCUGUCUGACUGAGCAGCCAGAUGGCCCCCGACCCGAGUGGGAUCUGGCCUCCGACAGGAACCUCUGAACAGCUCCGAGCUGGCGGCUGCCCACCCUGGACUGUGGGGCAAUGGGCCGGCGACCAGGAGCGCUUCUAAACUAGGCUCAUCUCACCUCUUUUUAAUACCAUAUGGGGAAGGGAAGACAGGGUUAAGGAACUUAAUUUAAAAACAAUUUUUUUUUUUUUCCACAAAAACUUUAAAAGGGGUAGGGUUUCUCACCCCGGGAAGCAAUAGCCAUAACCUGCUCCCAGCCGUGACCUUUUUGGCUAUGUCCCUGACUCAGGAAGCCUACUCUUUCUGCAUCUCCUCUGCCUCCUCCAGAGAUGGCAUCCCAGGGGCCUGCUGGAGGAAGGUUUUCUCCUGGGAGGGAAGACAGUUCUUCCCAGGAAGCAAAGAACCAAAUAGCGCUGAGAACAAUUGCCCGGACACGCGCUGAGGCUCGCCUGGUGUCGCCGAGGCCGAGGGAUUCUGAGAACUGUGAUCAGGGACGUGACACUCGCAACUGCGGAGAGGAGCACACCUCCUCCUGGUAAUCGCUGGACCCAGGAAUCUCCUAGAACUCUGCUGACGGGCUCUCCUGGUGAGUUGGGCUCCGCUGAGGACUCUCGCCCCGUCCCUCAUAUCUGCUCCUCUGGACAACUCUCCCCUUGUAGUGGGGCUGAGUCCAAGUGUUAGGCAGGGUCUCACACCUUUAAGAUUGCUAACCCCUGCUCCCCAGGCCCUGACCUCACUUUCACCAAAGGUUUUCCCCAGGUUGGGGGAGCGACUGCGUUAGAGGGGACUUGUCUGCGAUGCUCCUUUCGGGGCCAGGAGGGAACCUGGUCAUGGGCAUCUACGUCGUUAGCAAUUCGUUCCAUCCCCCUUCCCACCCCACAGCAAAAGUCAGGUCUCAGUCACCGACCCAGCAAGCCCUUCUUUCCGGACUCCCGAUUUCUAAUCCAAAACCCCAGUGCCUCUUGGGGAUUGAGGACAAGAGGACGUUGUAGGAAGCCAACGUAAGCAGGUUCUUCAUGCCCUUUCCUCUGUGGCUGAGGCUCACCUGGCUUUGUUCACGCACUUACAGAGCCACCUAAAAGGCACACAGCUGGCAGCCCCGUCUUCCCCACAUGUGUGUUAUCCUAGUGUGAGAUGUCGUCCUGGCCUUUGCUGAAGCUCGUGGUCCUGGGCGCUCAGAGCCCCAGCCCCACGUGCAGUCCUGCCCCAGCACCUUUUCCCUGUGCUGCAGGCUUCCCGCCAUUGGGGAGGCUGUAGGACCAAGGUCCACGGUGGCCCUUUGAUUGGGUGGAACAGUUGCUGGGGGGCGGGGGGCCCAAGAUCAGGCGAGGGAGACUCCACAGGCCUUCCUGAGUGUUAUUUAUUCACUCCUUUCCUCAGCCUGUGAGUCCUGUUACCCCAAGUGCUCUGUUGGGGACCAGGAAAUGUCUUGCACCAACUAUACUGGCCCCUGGUCAUUUUAAAGUCCUUCCAGACACAGAAUUGAUUCCUACAAGUCUGCAGAGAAGGUGGUGACAGCCAUGGGUUCUCAAGCCAUAAGGAAAAAAGAUACCAGACCUUUGUCCGCCGUUGGGGCCUGAAAACCCCUUAGUUUUCUCCAGGAGCAGCUUGCUUUCCGAGUCCACACAGGGCCUCGCAGAGCUGUGUUCCUGGGACCUGAGUGCCAGGUGGAGCAGACUCACGGCCUGAACCGAGUGUGUGUGAAGCCAAAUGAGCAGGUGCACACACUUCCACGGCUACCUCUUUGCACGCACAGUUACUUUCAAGAGAUGGUCCCGCCUCCCCUCCUCUUCCCGUCCCCAUUUAUAAUCACUUUUUGCAGAGGGUCAUGAUUAUUUCCACAUAUUACUGGUCCGAUGACUUCCUCCUCCCAGUGCAAUUUUUCACCUCCUAUUCCAAUCUCUGGUUCCUGGGCUGAGCAGUACCCUGACCUGGCCCAGCCCUGCGUGUCUUCCCGUGGAAGGGAGACCUUCGCAAACGGCCUCUGGAUGGGUAGGCGAGUUACAGCCACCGUAGCAAAUAACUCAUAUUUAUUUUGCAUAAGAUUUUAAUUUGUAUAUUUUUGUGAUUUAUUUUGGCAUUGUUAUGAGUUUGACUCUCGGGGAGUUUUGUUGUUAUGACUCUUGUGUCUUUUGUCACAAAACAAUGAUAAUAUUUGCUAAACGAUAUACGGAAUUUAUUUUUG